UAAAUGCUCCGGUCUCUGCGACUGCGCAACAGUAUCAAAUAUUGUGAGGUAAAUCAUCACAUACCAUGAAUAUUUAGCAUACAUGGUAAUUAAUUCCUCAUAAACAACCGUCACGCUGUAAUUCACAGUAAAAACAACAAUGCCGAUAGCGGCGACACAGACCUGAACUUGCCAAGACAAUCGCGAAACACAAAUUAGCAUGGCGGACGAUAACAGCAGCGAGGACUCUGAUGUGGAAAAUCAGAACGAAUUUGCGGGCGUUCUAAGUAAGUGGACCAACUACAUCCACGGCUGGCAGGACAGGUACAUAGUUCUGAAAAACGGCACCCUAUCCUAUUACAAGAGCGAGCAAGAAAGGGGCUACGGAUGUCGAGGGGCUUUGUCCCUUGCCAAAGCAAUCAUCAAGCCUCAUGAGUUUGACGAGUGCAGAUUCGAUGUUUCUGUUAACGACUGUGUCUGGUAUUUGAGGGCGGAUUCCAUUGAUAGCAAGCAGAGCUGGGUGGAAGCUUUGGAAUCCUACAAGAAACCUUUAAAAAUAUUCCAUUAUGAAGAUAUGGACACAAUUUAUUCCACCAUUGGUUUGCAAACUGUAUAUUCUUCAAGACUCGUUGAUUCUCUGAUUGGCUACAAGUUGAAAUGUCACUACAAUCGUUGGACCUUGAGGUAUAAUCUCUCAAGUCUUUCUCUUUCAGACAACUUGCCGGUGGUCGAUUUCAAGGGUGAGGCAAUUACUUUCAAAUCGACAACGGCUGCUGUGAUAGACACGUUAACGCACUGCGCCGAACUCGUGACACAGAGAGAAGAGUCUUGGCACAAGCGGCUCGACAAAGAAGUAGACAGGCGGAAAAAAGCCGAAGCGCUCUCUCACUCGUACUUUAUGCAGAUUCAGAAAAUUAGGACCGUCCAUCCCGGACCAGAUCUGGAGGAGGGUCCCCACAGUGUCCUAGCCGACGACGAAUUCUACGAUGCCGUUGAAUCCGGUCUCGACAAAAUGGAGGAGGAACAAGAAUUGAGGGAGAGGUUGAAAAACGGUCCUGUCCAGGAAUGUACCCCUGGUAGUAGGAGAAUGGAUACUCAAGAUUUAUGCUUGUUGUUUGAGGACAGUUACAUCGUGGUUCUGCCUAGCACCGCUGAUGAAACUUAUGGCCGCCCGAAACAGCGGUCUUUGCAUACGUUCGCCUUCGUUCAAAUUAUUUUCAGCUUUGCUUUUUCCUUUCCUUCUUUUUUCUUCCUUAUGUUUCCAUCAUUUAUCUUAUUGCUUUACUUUUCUCAUUUGACAUUUCAUCUUUCUGCUCCCCCUCAUUUUCAACCUUUUAUUAUCACAAGCGGUCUUUAUUUUUCAGCUAGUUUGGAAAAUAUGUCGGUCAUCGAAAAUAUAUCUGAAGACACGGUAACGUUCAUGCAGGUCUACAAGCGAAUAUGGCCGGCCAGUCAACGAGACAUUGUCUUCUGGUCGCACAUGAGGAAGUUACCGAACGAGAAAGAUAGAGAUGGGCCCGACAUAUGGACGGUGGUCAACAAUUCGACGGAGUAUCCCGAGUAUCCGGCCAACAACGGUAAAUGUGUGCGGAUGUCUCUGAAGGUGUGUUUGAUGUGCCAGACGAGGGUGAAUCCUCCGAAAGACGGAGCGCCGCUCUCUAGGUCGGACGUUUCAUGUAAAAUAACGUAUUGUUCAGUUGUAAAUCCUGGUGGUUGGGCCCCUCCUUCAGUGUUGAGGGCGGUGUACAAAAGAGAGUAUCCGAAAUUUCUGAAGCGCUUCACGGCUUACGUCAUCAACCAAACCAAAAAUAAGCCCAUCAUGUUUUGAUCGUCAGGUCCGGGUCUAUAUAAUUUUAAAAUGUUUUCAUUUUUAUUAUUUAUAUAAUUAUUAAAUGCUAUUUUAUGUU